AUGGUAGCAGACCGAGAUGAUGCAAUGAGCACACAACGGUUUGGGGCUACAGCAGAAGGCUGUCUGUCCACACCAAGAGGCCCUCAACUGGAAACACAGAGCCAUGGCCAAGGGAAGAGAGCGUGCUGCUGCAAAAUUAACAGUAACGCACAAGAGACGAGGCGCAAGAAAGAAGAAUGGACUGAAAGAAGUGGCUGGUGGAGGCAGACGUUAAAGGACACCCCUGUCCCUGGUACUUACAAUAUUCGCGAUUUCCUAGAGGAGGCAAGCCUCAAUCCUCUCCAGCGUCAAGCAUCUUACUGUUUCAGGAGCUGUCCCAGACCAAACACCUGUACGCUGGGCAUCUGGGAUAAGGACAUCAAUGUCUCUCCAUGCCACUAUGAUGUGACCGUGAAGCCUGUCCCCAAAUUACCUUGCAAACACGUGAUGUUUCGUUCAGCCGUACAGAGGCUCAGCUUCCUCCCGAAGGAAGGACCUUCCCCUGGUCAAUACACAGUAAAGUCCAUCCCAGCUAAAGGCAUUACAUCCUGCUUCAGGUCUACAGUGCCUCGUCUCCACAGCGUCCGAUCUAGGACUCCUGGACCAGGCGCUUAUGAUCCAUCAUGGAAGAUGGGCCACCGGCUUUCCACUGAGGACAUGAGCCACAUCUCUGGCCUGUACUUUCGUAAUGUAUUUUAAAAUUCUGUGCUCAGCUGUCAGGCAAAACUACAUUCAGCAUCACUUCCCUGCUGCAUAAGCUAAACCACACCCCUUAUCUACCUAGCAUUUGGCUAACUACUGCCUCCUGUUUAUUUUCCAUUCACAUUAAAAAUCCAAACAGCU